CUGUCGCACGGGGCGGUGGUGGCGGCGCAGGCGCUCGUCCUGCUGCUCAUCUUCCUGCUGUCUAGCCUGGGCAACUGCGCGGUGAUGGGCGUGAUCGUGAAGCACCGGCAGCUCCGCACCGUCACCAACGCCUUCAUCUUGUCCCUGUCCCUGUCGGAUCUGCUCACGGCCUUGCUCUGCCUGCCCGCCGCCUUCCUGGACCUCUUCACGCCCCCGGGGGGCUUGGCGCCCUCGGCGGCCAGCGCGGCCUCCUCCAGCGCCGCCGCCCCCGACUCCGCGGGGCCCUGGCGCGGCUUCUGCGCCGCCAGCCGCUUCUUCAGCUCGUGCUUCGGCAUCGUGUCCACCUUCAGCGUGGCCCUCAUCUCGCUCGACCGCUACUGCGCCAUCGUGCGGCCGCCCCGGGACAAGAUCGGCCGCCGCCGCGCGUUGCAGCUGCUGGCCGGAGCCUGGCUGGCGGCGCUGGGCUUCUCCCUGCCCUGGGAGCUGCUCGGCGCUGCCCGGGACCCGCCCGCCGCGCAGAGCUUCCACGGCUGCCUCUACCGGACCUCCCCGGACCCCGCGCAGCUGGGCGCGGCCUACAGCGUGGGCUUGGUGGUGGCCUGCUACCUGCUGCCCUUCCUGCUCAUGUGUUUCUGCCACUACCACAUCUGCAAGACGGUGCGCCUGUCGGACGUGCGCGUGCGGCCCGUGACCACCUACGCGCGCGUGCUGCGCUUCUUCAGCGAGGUGCGCACCGCCACCACCGUGCUCAUCAUGAUCGUCUUUGUCAUCUGCUGCUGGGGUCCUUACUGCUUCCUGGUGCUGCUGGCUGCCACCCGACAGGCCCAGGCCACGCAGGCGCCCUCCAUCCUCAACGUCGUGGCUGUCUGGCUGACCUGGGCGAAUGGGGCCAUCAACCCUGUCAUCUACGCCGUCCGCAACCCCAACAUCUCCAUGCUCCUAGGGCGCAACCGCGAAGAGGGAUACCGGACUAGGAAUAUGGAUGCUUUCCUGCCCAGCCAGGGCUCCGAUCUGCAGACCCGAAGCCGCAAUCGCCUUCGAAACCGCUAUGCCAAAAGGCUGGGGGCUUGUAGUUGGAUAUCCUCUUCCGACCCCAACAGCGGGGCGGGAGGGGACGUGGCCUUGUGGGCCCGCAAAAACCCAGUUGUGCUUUUCUGCCGAGAGGGACCGCCGGAGCCCGUGACGGCAUUGACCAAACAGCCUAAGUUCGAAGCCGGGGACACUAGCCUCUAA